CGCAUGGUCAAAACGAUGUCGUUUGGAGUCGAGCAAUGUCGCGGAGAAUUUAAACGAGACCGCGAAGAGGCUCGGCGGUACCGCGGUACUUGAAACGACAUUGGUUGCAGACCAUGUGUGAGUCAUGCGCAGGACAUGUGUUGCUGUUGGACAAGAAAUAUUUUUUAUUUUAUUUUUCCUUGUCGGAGGAGGAGAGUAACAACACCGUUUGGAGUCAAGCAAUGCUGCGAAGAGACAAAACGGUGCCACGAACCUCAAAGCUCAACGGCAUCGCGAGAUUGGGAAACAGUGUCGUUUGGCUAAAAACGGCACCGCGACAAGCGGCAUCGCGAAUGAGUUAAAACGGCACCGCAAGGAAGCUCAGCGGUGCCGCGGCACAGGAAACGAUACCGAAAAACAAAAGGGGCCGCGUGUUUAGUUGGGUGUUGGAAAAAGGAGUUUUUUAUAUAAUUAGUUAUUAUCUUUAUUCCUUGUCGGAAGGGGAAAAUCGGUACCGCAUGGAGACAAGCGGUAUCGCGGAGGAUUAAAACGUACCGCUGAUUUAAAAAUGAUGCCACGAGAGGCUGAUAAGCGGUACCGAUUAAUUAAACACCAUAUCGGGUAAGUGACCAAAAUCCGCCCAGCCCAAUGCGAGUGAGUGCAAACGCGCCGCCGUUCAAUGAACUGGUAUGUUUGGCUGUGUCAGCAGUGUUGUUUAAUUAAAAACGGUACCGCAAGUAAGCCCAACGGUACCGCGGAUUAGCAAACGACAGUGUUUAAAUAACAAACAAUGUCGCAAAAGGAAAAACAAACGGAGCUGUUGUGGCGCUAGCGAUGUCGUUGGCCAUAGCUAGUGAUGGCCGGAUUAAUUAAUUAAUAUUUUAAAGAUUAUUUUGGAUGGUGUCGUUUUAGUAAGAACGACACCGCGAGUGAGUCUAAUGAUGCCGCGGUAGUUAAAACGACAGUGUUUUACUUAAAACAAAGUCGUGGAGUAAAAAAAGCAGACAGAGCUGUUUGGGGAAGAAAACGACAUCGCGUGAGAUUCACACCAACCCGAGCAAGGAGGAGAUCAAGACGGUUGAGACACGUGGGAGUUCACAACGGAGCAGUUGAGGAAGCGGUUCCACCUAGCGUGAAGACUACGAAGCGUUUUUUCGAAUAAAAGCAGUGGAGCAAGGAGAAAGAAAGAGACAACCAAAAAUCAACACAAAACAACUCUGUCAAAACUUUGCCUUUUCUCUGUAACUCUUUCGCGGAGCUCUCCUUCCAAGAUGGAUCUCCAUAGUUGUAGUCUUAGUCGUAGUCGCGGAGCUCUCCAUAGGAGUAGCGGUAGUGUAGAUUCCUCAAAAAACUCAAACACCCUCGUUCGAACGUAGUUUGGAGAGGUGCGAACCGUAGUAACGGUCGCGUUGGUUAGAAGUCAGAGGUGCAUCGAUCAGAUCAACAUCUCCCGGCGGUGGACAUUUGACGGUCACGUUGAUUUCACCAUUCAAAGGUGCAUCGAUCAAAUCAACAUCGCACGGCGGUGGAUAUUUGAUGAUCGUCAUCGUUUUCAGAAGUCAGAGUUGCACUGAUCAAAUCAACGGCGCCGACAUUCAGCGGCGGAUAUUUGACGGUCGUCUCAAUUUCAGCAAUCAGCGGUGCUUCCGAUCAAACGGCACCGCAAGAGUUUCCAUCACGAAACAUCAGAUCAACAUCGCCGGAAACCAAAAUCGGCACCGGCGGUGGUAUUUGAUUUUCCCGGGGAAACAAUUUGGCACACCCAGUGGGAUCCGUGUGUUUGAUGUGAAUACAGAUCCCCGUCGAGGAAAUCAAGAUCGUGAUCUUCCACACGUACCUGUGGAGGAGGAGGCGCCCGACAUUGAAGUUGGUCAGGCGAACGGGGCAGAUAGACGUACUCAAGGGAUGGAAGAGCUUCUACAUGCUGAAAUCCUGUAUCUACUUCAAUCCAUGGAGGAGUUUCGCCAAUCCAUGAAGGAGUUUCACCAAGAGGUAAAUCUCCAAUUUGAUAAUCUUGAAAAGAAAGUGGAUAAGUUUGAAAACAACAUAGAUCGAUGGUUUGAUAAGUAUGAUGACUGUGUUUCUGAUUUUAGUAUGUCAAUACAUAGAGCCACGUAUGAUUUUGAUGUGUUUAAAUAUGAAACCAUGUCUGUUGCGUGCGAUGAUUUAAUGGCUGAUCGACUAGCCAUGGUCAACCAAAUUUCAUCGAUGAGCCUUGCUACGACACUGUUGCCAGAAGCAAGGAAUCCCAAUGUGUCUUUUCCAGUGAACAACAUUGGUCUUAAGGACACACAAGUUGGAGGUGGCUUGCAGAAGCCAUUACAAAGAGGUCAGUAUCAACAUAUGUCUAAUAAGAAUGAAAAUAAGAAUCAGGGUGGACAAUCUGGUUACAAUCACGUGGAGCAUAGCAUGCUCGCGUAUGAGGGGUUGUCCAAGCAACAUUGCGAUGGGGUUCAAUCUAAGCCGCUAGGGGGGCAUGAGAUCCCACCGCAUGGCCGGUUGAAAGAAAAACAACACCGUAAGUGGCAAAUAAGUUUGCCACAUCCUCCCCAUUCUAUGAAAAAUCAAACUAGGAUAACCACAAACACUACUCAAGAUGGAGGUGGUGACCACGUGGAAAAAUCUAAUGUCACCAAAGUGGGCAUGAAUCAACAGAACCCUCAUUGUAAUUUGUCCCCAAAGCCUCCAGUGAGUGGACAGGGGGGCAAGUUCAAUCAACCCCAACAUGGAGUUGCCACACCAAUGCUGGCUGGGAACAAGUCUUCCAUGAUUUUCGGGCAGGGGGGCAAACUAAAUGCCCGAAAACUUUCAAUCUCACGUGAAAAUUCAAAAGAUACCAAGUGGUUCUGUGAUAAGUACAUUAAUCAAAAUAACCACAUGACUGUUGGUAAAGCUCGUAAGCCUCAAACUCAACAACGUCGUAAUUGUGUGCAGCUCACAAAACAAGACCAGUCUGGGCAAACGAUGCCACAUGGUCGAUUUGACUGGACAAAGACGUUAGAAAACUUCAAUGUCCCGCCAAGAGUAAAAAACACCGGUGAUUUUCUCUGUCACGACCCUGUGGCUAAGAUGAAGCCAAAUUGAGCUCGUGGAAUUUCAAACCAAGGUGUUCGAGCUCGACAAACUGGAGAGCUACAAACCACCAUUGAUUCCAAAACAUCAAUACCAACGCGUGUGAAGCCAGCUGUGAUGAAUCAUGGACUUUACGGAUGGCUUGUUUGGUUUGAUCCAUGGAGUUGGCAGUGGGUGUGGACUUUUUGCAUAAUGAUUUAUGCCAAAGUCUAGCCGUUAUUUAUUUAUCUAGAUAGUUCGGUCAAUUUUAGGUGUCCUUUUGGGCGUCCAAUCGAACGCAUCAUUGAUUUAAAAUAUUGAUAUAUUAAGUAAAUAGAGUGUGGCUAAUUUAGGCCACGAGAAAAUUACUAUAUAUAUAAAAGUAGCAUGGCGAAGCUUGCCGCAUCGUUGCGAGCAAUAUUAAAUUUUCAGAAACGGUCGCGUUGGUUAGAAAAAAAAAAGAAGAAAAAAAUAGCUUUGCCGACAGCUUUGGACAAUUAAUGUUGCUAGGCUAAUUAUACCAAGUUGGCCUACUUUUGCUAAGCAGAAUUGUUUUUCACUUGACUCACCGGAGUUGGAGAAAUUUUAGGUAAUUGAAGUUGUGUCAACAACUUGGUUCAUAAAUUCUUAUAAACCAAGUUGUGGGGGCAUUGUUUACACCUAAAAUAUUUUUGGCCUAAAUUCAAUGCCGUAAUAAUGAGUCUCGGCAUUUAAUUCGAUAUCGCAUGGCCAAAACGAUGUCGUUUGGAGUCGAGCAAUGCCGCGGAGAAUUUAAGCGAGACCUCGAAGAGGCUCGGUGGUACCGCGGUACUUGAAACGACAUUGGUUGCAGACCAUGUGUGAGUCAUGCGCAUGACAUGUGUUGCUGUUGGACAAAGAAUGUUUUUUAUUUUAUUUUUCCUUGUCGGAGGAGGAGAGUAACAGCACCGUUUGGAGUCAAGCAAUGAUGCAAAGAGAUAAAACGGUGCCGCGAACCUCAAAGCUCAACGGCAUCGCGAGACUGGAAAACGGUGUCGUUUGGCUAAAAACGGCACCGCGACAAGCGGCAUCGCGGAUGAGUUAAAACGGCACCGUAAGGAAGCUCAGCGGUGCCGCGACACAGGAAACGAUACCGACAAACAAAAGGGGGCCGCGUGUUUAGUUGGGUGAUGGAAAAAGAAGUUUUUUUAUAUAAUUAAUUAUUAUCUUUAUUCCUUGUCGGAAGGGGAAAAUCGGUACCGCAUGGAGACAAGCGGUAUCGCGGAGGAUUAAAACGUACCGCUGAUUUAUAAACGAUGCCGCGAGAGCCUGAUAAGCGGUACCGAUUAAUUAAACACCAUAUCGGGUAAGUGACCAAAAUCCGCCCAGCCCAAUGCGAGUGAGUGCAAACGCGCCGCCGUUCAAUGAACUGGUAUGUUUGGCUGUGUCAGCAGUGUCGUUUAAUUAAAAACGGUACCCCAAGUAAGCCCAACGGUACCGCGGAUUAGCAAACGACAGUGUUUAAAUAAUAAACAAUGUCGCAAAAGGGAAAAACAAACAGAGCUGUUGUGGCGCUAGCGAUGUCGUUGGCCAUAGCUAGUGAUGGACGGAUUAAUUAAUUAAUAUUUUAAAG